UGGAGAUAUGUUGUUUGCUGUGAUGUUAUCCGCACUCCCAGUGUGUUAGCUUCCGCCGUAUGGACGAUGGCGCUUGGUCUCCCAAGAAACUCCUGUCAUGAGGAUGCAAACAGGCAUGCCGCCACCUCCACCACCACCACCAGUCACAGGCAUGCCGCCACCUCCACCACCACCACCAGUCACAGGCAUGCAGCCACCACCACCAGUCUUCAGGCAACCACGUGAACAUUAUGCUCCAAGGCAUGAACAGGGUUGGAUGGCUUCAGUUGAGGACCCGGAAGUGAUGCAACCACCAUUGACAUAUGACCCCUGGCAAGAUUCCUGGCCAGAGGAAUAUUCUUCUUUUGGAUUUGAGGGGGAGCCAAGCCAACCACAAAGUGUCCAUUUAUUUACCCCCCCCCCCCCAACACAAUCUCAGGGCAGUCAUGGCUUUUACACACACAGGCUAUGUCACAAGAAGUGCCAAAUGGACAGGCUGAGUGGUCACACACUGGUCAUCAGUGGGACUAUCAAUCCACCCUGAGAGCUCCACCAUACUCUUCACUUGGGAGAGCACCGCCAUCCUCUUCACUUGGGAGAGCACCACCAUCCUCUUCACUUGGGAGAGUUCUACCAUCCUCUUCACUUGGAAGAGUUUCACCAUCUGCAGAAGAACAUAUAGCUGAAAGUACUCAAGCAGCAGCAGAUGCAGCUGAACCUGCACCUCAAGCACCAGAAGAUGCAGCUGAACGUGCACCUCAAGCACCAGCAGAUGCAACUGAACCUGCACCUCAAGCACCAACAGAUGCAGCUGAACCUGCACCUCAAGCACCUAGAAGCCCUGAUGCUCAAGAGCCUGUGGAUGCAUUGUAUUCACCCCUGGGUGAGGAAUACAUUGCACUCCAGAGGAGGCUCAUAACAAGCAUGGAGAAUAUACAAAGAGGCCAAGAGAGGUUCUUCAGGAGCCAACAGAGGAGACAACAAUGUAGCAUAGAUCUACAGAGGGACAUAGCAGCAUCGUUAAGUGCAAGUGUUCAUAACCAAUCACAGAUGAUGCGAAUUCUGUCUGAUAUGCAGAUGCAAAUGGACAAUAGAUGGAGAGAACAAAAUCAACUCUUGGGUGUGUUGGUUGAGCACUUUACACACCAGUAGGACACUGCCUCCGGCCUAUCAUCUGUGGCCAGCAUACCAGCAGAAACA